UGGGCCGGGCGGGGAGAUGCAGCAGUGAGCGGUCAGCGGGUGAGGGAGGGCAGUUUACCCUGUCGAGUCAGCUGCUUGGGUAGCUGGGGAAGGGACGGCCAGCAGCUCGGACCGAAGCACAGAAACAGCCCGGAGCGGGACACUUUAACUCCGACAAAAUCUCAAAAUGCGCCGAAUAACGGGGAAAGGAGGAGGGGACAGUUUAAUUGAGAUGAGCCCGACUGAAUCUCUCAGCGACGAUGGGAACAGCUACCACCAACACGCCUCGUCCAGCACAGGAUCCCUCCAGCAGGGGCAGCCAGAGUUUCCUUUAACGCCUGAUGUGUGUGUAGAGACGUGCGAGUCUCUCAACACCAGCCAGGCCUCCUUGGCUUCGUCCGACUGCAGUGACAAUACAUGGGUCAGGAGUCCCACCUUAGAGCAAAUCAGUUCUUUCACUGGGCUUCGCAGAAAACGGGCGCUAUUCCUGAAGUAUCGUUCCAGGAUUGGAAAACAGAAACUCAGCAAAGACUCUGUGUUCUUCCGGGAUGGGAUGAGGAGAAUAGAUUUCGUCCUCUCGUACGUCGACGAUAAAGACUGUGAAAAAAAACAGGAGAGAAGGAGAAUUUAUGAAGACAACCUGAAAAAUGCCGGCCUGGAGUUGGAAACAGAAGAUAAGUCGGAGUCUGAGGAUGGUAAGACGUACUUUGUGAAGAUCCACGCGCCGUGGGAGGUGCUGGCCACCUAUGCAGAUGUGCUGAAGAUCAAGGUUCCUUUUAGAGUUACCGACAUGCCGGACGACCAGGAAAUACCCAUGAACUGGCUCUCCACUCCUUUUCGACUGCCCAAGAACAUCAUGAAUCCCGAGCCGGACUAUUUCACCGCUCCUUUUAGCAAGAGCAAGGCUGACUUCUUCCUUAUCGACAACCAAGACACGUUCUUCCCUCCCUCCACUCGCAACAGGAUAGUCUACUAUAUCCUGUCCCGCUGUUUGUACGUCAGCGAGAAUUGUGGAGACAAAAAGGGAAUCAAGCGGUUGUUGAACAACGGCUCCUACACUUCUGCCUUCCCUCUUCAUGAUUCCAGAUACUGGAUAAGAUCCAAAGACGUCAACUGUGAAAGCGAAAGAUACGACCUCUACAAACACUGGGCGAGAUUCUUCUGCUUUUUCAAGGAGCAACCCAUUAACCGCAUCAGGAAAUACUACGGCGAGAAGAUUGGCAUUUAUUUCGCUUGGCUUGGUUUCUACACUGAGAUGCUGCUGUUUGCUGCAGUGGUUGGAGCGAUUUGUUUCCUUUACGGGUUCCUCACCUACGAUGACAACGAGUGGAGUAAAGAAAUCUGCAGCGAUGAAAUUGGAGGGAAAAUUGUCAUGUGUCCCCUUUGCGACAAGAAGUGCAGUUACUGGAAACUCAACACGACAUGCAACUCCUCGUGGCAAUCACACCUGUUUGACAAUGUGGCGACUGUGUUUUUUGCCAUUUUCAUGGGAAUUUGGGUGACGCUGUUCCUGGAGUUCUGGAAGAGGCGCCAGGCCCGACUGGAGUACGAGUGGGAUCUGGUGGACUUUGAGGAGGAGCAGCAGCAGCUGCAGCUCCGGCCAGAAUAUGAGACCAGAUGCACAAAGAGCAAGGAGAACCCCAUCACUAAGGAACAAGAGGGGGUUCUUGACAAAACUGCUACAUAUCUAGCAGGGAAGUUUUUUCUGUGCUGGGCUUCUGUGAUCCUUUGGAUCUCAUUGAUCAUUGCCUGCAUCAUUGGGGUCAUAGCGUACCGCCUGGCGGUGUACGCGGCCUUCGCUAGCAUCAUGAAGGACAGCCCCACCAAUCAGCUGGAGGUGGUCGGCCCCUACAUCACCCCCCAGCUGGCCACCUCCGUCACAGCCUCUUGCAUCAACUUUGUCAUCAUCAUGAUCCUCAACCUCAUGUAUGAGAAAGUGGCUGUUUGGAUUACUGACAUGGAAAUCCCAAAGACCCACCUGGAGUAUGAGAACAAGUUGACGGUGAAGAUGUUCCUCUUCCAGUUUGUCAACUACUACUCCUCGUGUUUCUACGUGGCGUUUUUUAAGGGGAAGUUUGUGGGCUACCCUGGGAAAUACGCGUACAUGUUUGGGGGCAACCUGAGAAACGAGGAGUGCGACCCUGGCGGCUGUCUGAUUGAGUUAACGACACAGCUGGUAAUAGUGAUGACUGGGAAACAGGUGUGGGGCAACAUUCAGGAAGCUCUGCUGCCCUGGGUGAUGAACUGGUGGGGCAGCAGGAAGGCGCGGAGCCAUCCAGAGAGCCUGUACAGUCGCUGGGAGCAGGACCAUGACCUGCAGAGCUUCGGUCAGCUGGGGCUCUUCUAUGAGUACCUGGAAAUGGUGAUCCAGUUCGGCUUCAUCACGCUCUUCGUGGCUUCCUUCCCCUUGGCGCCGCUCUUGGCUCUUUUCAACAACAUAAUUGAAAUCCGAGUGGACGCCUGGAAGCUCACCACUCAGUUCAGACGUCCUGUGGCAGCCAAAGCCCACAGCAUCGGGGCCUGGGAGGAAAUCCUCAACGGGAUGGCCGUGCUGUCUGUCGUUACGAAUGCAUUCAUCGUGGCCUUCACCUCUGACAUGAUGCCUCGGCUGGUGUACAUGUACGCCUACCAGCCGCAGGGACAGAUGAAUAUGAAAGGUUACAUAAACAACAGCCUGUCCGUGUUUAACGUCUCUGAGUUUGAAGACUCCAGCAGGCCCGAGGAGGCCGAGAACCCGAUGUGGUUCAACAUCACAACCUGCAGGUAUCGUGAUUAUCGCUACCCCCCCGGCCACGAGAAGCAGUACUUCCACACGAUGCAGUUUUGGCAUAUUUUAGCUGCCAAGCUAGCUUUCAUCAUUAUUAUGGAGCAUGUUGUUUUCCUGGUUAAAUAUUUUGUGGCCUGGCUGAUUCCGGACGUUCCCUCUGACGUGAGGGCUCGGGUAAAGAGGGAGCGCUUCCUCGUCCAGGAGUAUCUUCACGACUAUGAAGUCAAUAAGCUGAAAAUACAGCUCAGCCAACAAGACAACAAGGAGUGCACCUGUACGCCGAUGAUCUACCCGACGUUACCCAAACACGAGGUGCUGUCGGAGGUCCUCUAGCGCAGGGAGCGGCUGGUCAGUCUGUCUACUCACCUGCUGACUGUGGAUUCACCGGCUUUAAAGACCAAAACUCUGUGCAUGCUGACGAUUUGACACACUUGAAUUUAGACAUCACUCUCUUCUUGUGAAGUUAAGAUUUCCAAACUUUACUGUAUUCAAACAAUAAGCCGCACUGUGUCUUUAAGAGACGGCUCACUAUUGUUUUGGUGUAAGGUUAUUUAAAGUGCCACCAAAGAGUCGCCUUAAUAUCGACGCUUAUUUAUUUAUUUUUUAUUAUUCUGAUGAGGAUUUCUGCAGUUCUGUGUUCAUAUCUUCAGCUUAUUUUUAACCAGAUUUGCUUUGAUCAGUUCAUCAUCAUUAAGGUCACUGCGGAAAUUACAUCAAAUCCAUCAGGCUAAUAUCGAUUGUUACUCUUAAUUUCACCUCAUUAUUUUCCCCAGGCCAAAACCUGAGAUGUGAAGCAGCUUUUUGUUCUGAAGGGAAAUCAGUGCUGCUGUUUCGACUGUGACUAAGGACAGAUUUGAUCCUGCAGAGGCCAGUUUUUGAGCUGUGGUAGCAGCAGCUGUUUAGCGCCGAUUGUGUACACAGCGAUGAAAGGAUAAGAGUGCUCUCUUUUUAAAUUUUAAAAAAUGUAUUUUUUUGCGUGUGUUUACCACACACCAGUGAAUGGAAGCCUGUGUUUGCUUCGCUACACAAAGCCCGUCAGCCAGCGCCUGCGUCCAUCCCUGUGUUUCCGCUUUCCUCAGAAUAAAAGACACAUUUUCCUUUUAUUUUGCACAAAGCACUUAAAGUAAUGCAACUACCAAUAUAUGAACAUUUAUAACUUAUCAUUAUCACGACACUAAGACUUUGUGAUCAGUGUUUUAGGAAGCAGUUAUCUCUCUUUUAGUUUGAUCAAACUUUGAUAUAUAUAUAUAUAUAUAUAUAUAUAUAUAUAUAUAUAUAUAUGGGUUUUUUUUAUUUAAGGAUGCAGAUAUAAAGGACAUUUCAUCUGUUGCCUAAAUAAAAACAUGCAGAACAUUUCUGUUCAUUGAAGGACUUGAAUCGGAUGUAAAGUUAUUGAAUCCGUAGGUCUGUUUGAGAUGUAAUCCUGUGUAAGUUCGCCUCUCUCUUCCAGUUUGCCUUAUCUACGCCGUGGCUCUGCUGACCACUAUGCCUUAAAACAUCUCAUCCAUUUUUCCUAUGGUUUUACUUUUCUACCUAAUUUCUUUUUUCCCAAGUUUUCUGCCAUUAUAUUUGAGUCAGGAUAUGUUGUUUUUGAUCAUUCUUCAGGCAAAAAUAAACUUGUUUACUGUAUUUUUAAUG